GUGAGAGACAUUCCCCUGACUUGUUCCUGCCAUAGUUUCCUCGCGCUCCUCCACCACAGACCCAUCACCAAACCCACCCAGCACCACCCACCUCCUCCUCAGUGCAGUACAGAGCUGCUGCUGCUGCUGCUUCACUCGUCUGUUGGAGCCGACUGAAGUCACAGGAUCUCAUUUCUUCUUCAUCUGGAUUUACAACUUAAAUUCAUAAGCCAUUUCUUUUUUUUUUUGUUCUCCUCUAAAAUCUCAAUUUUACUUUAUUGCAGAGAGUUGAUAUUCCCCUCCUCCCUCCCCCGGUUUGCGUUGUUUUUUUUAAAAAACUCGUCUUCUUUUGCGAUCAAUCGUGAUUUCCACUUUGAGUCACAGUGUGACAAGUGUGACGCUGUCUUGUUGCGCUAUUUGCAAAAAUCCUGGAGAGAAACUUUUUCUUUCUUCUGCCGAUUUAUCCUCGAGUUUUCCUGGGUUUUGGUCUUUUUCUGUUUUCUGGACUUGGGAGAAACACUUUCCACCAUGCACAAGCUGUACAUUGGGAAUCUAAGCGAGAGCGUGACCGCCGAGGACUUAGGCAAAACCUUCGAUGAAUACAAGAUCCCUUACUCCGGACAGUUUCUCAUGAAGACCGGCUACGCGUUCGUGGACUGUCCGGACGACCAGUGGGCCAUGAAGGCGAUCGAGGCGAUUUCCGGUAAAGUGGAACUUGAUGGGAAACGCAUUGAAGUAGAGCACUCCGUCCCCAAGAAGCAAAGGACGAGAAAGCUGCAGAUCAGAAACAUUCCACCUAAUCUACAGUGGGAGGUGCUGGACGGUCUGUUGGCUCAGUGUGGAACUGUGGAGAACUGUGAACAAGUGAAUACAGACAGUGAAACUGCAGUGGUUAAUGUCACAUACGCAUCCAAGGAGCACGCCAGGCAAGCCAUCCAGAAGCUGAACGGGCACCAGUUUGAGAACAAUGCCAGCGUCCUGCACGUCUCCUACAUACCUGAUGAGAACUCUGAGCUGGAGGGCGACCAGCGGGGGCCCGACAACGGCCGGCGCUCUGGUUAUGGGCCUCGCAGUCCUCGCGGUGGCCCCCCAGGCUCGGGGAUGCCCUCCAAACCUCCACACAACGACAUCCCCCUGAGGCUGCUGGUGCCCACGCAGUACGUCGGGGCCAUCAUCGGCAAAGAGGGCGCCACCAUUCGCAACAUCACCAAGCAGACACAGAGCAAGAUCGACGUGCACCGCAAAGAGAACGCCGGUGCUGCAGAGAAGCCGAUCAGCAUCCACUCCACCCCCGAGGGCUGCUCCUCUGCCUGCCGCAUGAUUCUGGAAAUCAUGCACCAGGAGGCCAAAGACAUCAAGACCAUUGAAGAGAUUCUGCUGAAGAUUCUUGCUCACAACAACUUAGUCGGACGCCUGAUUGGAAAAGAGGGACGCAACCUGAAGAAAAUCGAGCAGGACACAAACACCAAGAUCACCAUCUCCUCUCUGCAGGAUCUGACUCUGUACAACCCGGAGAGAACCAUCACAGUGAAAGGCUCACUGGAAGCCUCCGCCCAGGCUGAGAUGGAGAUCAUGAAGAAGCUCAGAGAGGCGUACGAGAACGACAUCGCUGCUAUGAAUCAACAGACCCACCUGAUCCCUGGACUCAACCUGGGAGCUCUGGGUCUCUUCCCCUCUUCCUCCAACAUGCCCCUACCUCCGCCGGGAAAUUCUGGAUCCGGUGCCCCCUAUGGCUUUGGGGCUCCAGAGCAGGAGACGGUUUACAUCUACAUCCCAGCGCAGGCAGUGGGAGCCAUCAUUGGGAAGAAGGGACAGCACAUCAAACAGCUGAGCCGCUUCGCCGGGGCCUCCAUCAAGCUAAACCACAGAAAUUUGUGUUGUGUCAGCUGCCAUCACAAUGGGAAGUCCUGCCUGUGCACCGUGGUCCAAAGCCUCUCUCACAUCCCAACAGUAUUGCAGUUUAUACAAACAAUGGGCCGAACAGUAACCUCAUCUAUAAAGGUUACAUUUGUCCGUCUGUUAACGCACAGGUGCCCUUCUCCACGCUCAUGCCACCAAUAGAGAAGCCAAUAAAAGAGCAGUCUUACGAACAAAAGGUUCAACAGCUGGUGGAGAAAUUCAAAACUAACGAGGCUGCGGCACAAACUCUGGCAAGAAACUUUGUCCAUCAAAAUCAACUUAACAGUAAAGACGUGGCAGAGGCUGUGGCCAGAAGCGUCUCAGAGCAUCCCGGUCAGCUGAGCAGUAACCGACAACCUCAGGCGCGAGAGAUCUCAGUGAGCAGCAGCAGAGUGGCCGAAGCUCCGCCUGUGAACGCCGCAGAGAAUCCAGCUCAGCUGAACAGUAACAGAGCGGCGGGAAACAUUCCAGAGCAUCCGAGCGUCCUGAACAGUGACGCGGCGACAGCGAGCGCCUCGGAGCAUCCGGGUCAACCCAACAGCAACAGAACUGUAGACUCUGCAGCGAGCGACCCGUCAGCACAGGAGGAUGACACAGAGACAGGCGCCAUGUCAGGCCCGGAAGGCGACGCAUCCACCAGUAGAAAAAAGUCCAAUUAUCCACUUCCUUAUGAUAUCAUUGACGAAGGAGAGAGUUUCCUCCUGGGAUCAGACCCUUGGAAAAACACAGAGGAUGAGGACCUGGUAGACAUGUUUUUCAUAUAAGACACAUCUAUUCUCUCAGGCACUCACAAACUUUGACACACGAGGGAGGAGGGUUGAUAAGAAUCCAGACGACUUACGGUUGCAGGCGCAGAUAAAAGCACCUGGUGUUGAUACAAACGAAGACGUGCAGACAUGCCUUUUUAAAAGACUCAUUCAGGUUUUAUCUUCCUGCCAAAGCAUAGCUACUAGAAAAUAAGAAUAGAAUAGAAUAGAAAUAUAUAAUAGAACAGAGGUAUUUAUUGUUGUUGGGAGCGAUGGCCACAGAACUCAGGAUCCUUCAUCUUUCAAACUCUGGUGAAACCACCUCCGUGGUCACUGUUUGACCUGUGACCUCACGUGUAAUGGAGAACACAAACGCCGCACAAGAGAACCUUCUCCAGAGCCAGGUUAGGUCAAGUCAGCUGUCUGUAAGGAGGAAACCAAGCAGCUGAGAGACACCUCUUUCCCCCUCACAGGGCCCAGCAUAGCAUAGCUGUUUCACCUGUUACCCCGUGUGUUAUUACCACCUCUUGUUAGUAAACCUUCCGUACACUUAGACACACUUAGACACAUUUAUAUUACAAUUACCAAACCGAGGAAACACAGCAGCCAUGUGGUCAAGACACCGUCUUUGAUUCUGCCGUCGCCAUUCCUUCGCUGACCUGACUUGACCUUUGGUCCGCGGUCUCACAGACACACAUUCUCUCGCAGAUAUCCGUGUAUAGUAACAUUCAUAGAUACUGUUGUUAUAUACUUUGA